AUGGAUGAUGCUGUCGAUCUUGUUAUCGCGCCUUUUCGAGAUAUCGUCGAAAAAGGACGAGAGGCGUUAGAAAAUGCGGGCGAAGAUAAAGCGAUGCUGAAGGCGUCCCAGAGCCUGAUCAAGGAAGGCGAGCGUGCGCUGAAGAAAAUUGAGCCACUAUGUCGAAAACACCUGGACGAGUACGGCUCCAACUUCCUCGAUGCCCUCAAGGAAAGCGAUGAGAUCGCUGCUUUUCGAACCGAGUUAAACGAGCUGUUGUGGGAAUUUGAUGAUUAUAUAGAACUGGAUGAUUUCGAAGCAGAGAAAUUUAGCGAACUACAAGCCUUGUCGCGCAAAGCUGCUCCCAAGAUAUACGAUAUCCUCAUGCGUCUCAAACUCGAGGUUCCGAUUGAUCAUGACAGCCGCUCCAUCAUGACUCGAAUGUCUGGACCACAGUCGCGACCUAUAUCUCCUGAUGCUCCUCCGAUCCCUCCGAUAUAUCCUUUUUCCGAUAUGCGAAAAGAUAUGCCAAGAAGUGCUUCUUCCCUCGCUUCGGAAAGCCGCUCUAGCAACGACCCUCCAACGGUAGAAGCAGCCACUGCUGAGCUGCGACGCAUGAUGCAGUCUCGGUCAGGUCCGGAUGAAGGGUUGUACGCUGAAUCCCCAGGAGCCAGUCAUACGCCGCAGUCUGCAGCUACACCCAUCGAGCCACCUCCGAGACCGCCAUCGGGCAAUCCAUGGGACUUCAAGACUUCACCGACACCCCGUGACAACCACUUUUCAGACGAUUUCUCCUUUGAAAGGCGGCAGCCAGUGGCCCCGAUCGAGUCCCCCGUUGAACCAAUUUCACCACCUUUGAGUCCAGAUCAAGGCAGAGAAAUGCUUCCGCGCCCACUGAAGAUGGCCGUGGAUCGCUCAUCUCAGUACAGCAACGAUUCCCAGGUCAGCUCGGUAGGGAUGGAUUCGACGACAUAUGAACGGACAUACAGCGUUUUCCCGACAUCUCGCGGGCGUUAUUCAGGCCACAACUCCAUUUUGUCCACGUCCAUACCUGAAGAUGUCGUAUCAGAAAGAUCCAGCACCGGCUACAUGUCGCAGCUCUCUCCCGUUCCCAGGACUGUACCUCCUCGAUCACAUUCGCUUCCCCAGUCUCGUCCUGAAUCUGUUGAAACCAAUCCUGGAUCUGUCUUUGACUCCAACAGAGCAGACGGAGCAACCACCCCUCUCACAGACAACCGCGAUGUUGCUGACGGUAGUCCAACUUUGGGUACCGUAGAAAUGAACCAGCUUCAGGUCAAACAACUUUCAGUGAAUAACUAUCAGGGAAUGCUUGAGCCAGUCCGACCUGCAGCGGUGCCAGAAGUAGACAAUCUUCCCAUUCCUGUGGAAACUGAGGUCAUGGCUCCCGAGCACCCACCGAAUCCAUUUGCCAUCGACUGCAAGCUCAGCCCACAAAGUUCAUUCUAUAUGCACAAGGGCUUUUGUGAUGGUGCAAAAGAAAUACUCAACGGGGGAGCCGGCGUUCGAAAGACCGUAAAAGCAGGAUUUGCUUCUGUUGUGACAAUUGCGAGAUGUGUCAAGUGCCAGUUCGAACUCGACUUUAACGAAAUUGACUUGGAUGUCAACAAAGCAGAACGUGGCAAUUUCAUUAAGAAUGGAAUUGGCUAUAGACUGCGCUUCCUUCAAAAGUCGCAUUUGCCAACGCGCAGGUCAGACGAUGUCAUGUAUGGCUGUGUGUUCUGUGUGCAUCAGGGGAAGACGCUUCAUGCGAGCGACGCAACGGUCUUCACCAGCCAGAAGGCCCUGUUCGCCCACUUGGCCCGUCAUCCUCGCCCUCUGCCGGCUGUUCCUGGUUUUACGGUGAUCGAGAGAACCGAGAUUCCCAUCGACUACAAGAAUGAUUAUGAUCUUCACUUCAAGUCACCCGUUGAAGCACACCCACUUAUCGAGAAGGCUUCCGAGAUAUUCUAUUGUCCAACGGCUACCAGCAAAGAAGCAGCUCGCCGCAUGUACGGCCAAAGAUUGCUGUAUGACAGGACACCUGCACUCGAACUUGUGUUGAAUGCUAGGAUUGUAGGCCUUUAUUGGCCACCGAAAUACCUGGGCGAGUGGGCUAUGGGAUUCCACGACGGUAUCCAAGCCAGUGUUCCAACCGAGAUUCUGAGGCUGGAUGCGCCGCCGUCCGAUCAAGUCAAGAUAGAUGGAACAAGCCCGGUGCAAGCUACCGCAAGGUGGAAGUUUAACCACAAAGACAAGGUAAAAGGAGACUGGCUCAAGUUCGAGAAGGACGAAAUUAUAACCAACAUCAGCUGGCCUUACCAAGAGUUUUGGUGCUGGUCAGGUACGAAUGCCAAGGGAAAAACAGGAAUCUUCCCUCAGGCGUUCAUUGACAUUGCAACACUGCGGGACUUUGGCAAGACGGGCUCAGACAGGGCGAGCAUCGUUAGUAACGAGCGAAACAAAUCAUUGUCUGUCUUGUCUCGGUUCUCGUCCCGCAAAACAAGCCGCGUGGGAAGACCCGGCAGUAUAGCUGGCUCGAUCAGCAGUAAUGAGAUUCCGGCACUGCCAACAGCAAUCCCGAACGGUACAAACGGACGCGAGUAG